UUCCGAGAUUGAUAAUACCCAGAGUAAGCUGGCGGACAUUGAUUUUGGCAACCACCAGCACCACCACCGAGCUGAAAUAAUUUUGUUCUAAAUUGAAUAUCCAUGAAAACGCACCAUUGAGAGGAACCAGCAAUCCGCUAACCGGAAGCUUUCUUCUAUCAAGUGUUACCAUGACAACAAACGCUUUAAUUCGAAUCAGGUCAAAAUCCAUUUCUGAUGUGUUCUCCAGUACUGAAUGGGAAGAGGACAAAGAGGAUUUGUUGCCAAAAAAGGAUAAUGACUACCGAAAAUCCGCAUUUGAAAAAUGGAAAAGCUCAUUCAAUUUGAAUCUUCUCGCCAAUGAUCAGCAAUUUGGAAGACGCACAAGUCGGGGAAACUCAAAAUUUUUUUCGAGACCGCCACUCCCAAGUAAUCCUCGCCCACGACGCCAAAGUCUAGCUGCAACACUUCGAAGAACUUCUAUAAAAGACGAUUUAAAGAAAAUUUGGGACACCCGCCGAGUAUCGUUGUGCAGUCUAAAAACUCAAAUCAAGGAUAAAAUGACUGGAAGAUCUCAUGAAAAUUUGGCAAACCGAGCAACUCAUUACUGCCAAAAAACUUCUUGUGAUCAGAAUCAAAAUGAGACCGAGGAGAGCUUAGACGAUAGUAGCCCUCCAGCAUUCUUCAUCGUCGACAAAAGUGUGUGGACACGGUCUUGAUAAAUACUCUUUCCCUGAUCUCUCAGUUUCCAAAAUUAUAUUUUCACACAUA